AGUUAUCGACGAAAUUCUCAGUAUUCAAGAAGAUACCGAAUACAAUAGUGAUACUUGUUUAAUUCUAGCUGACCGUGUUGAUGUUGUCUCGCCGGCCAAUCAUGCUUUUAAUUGCGCAUUCGUAAAGUUUCAUAAAGUUUUAGUAGACAUUCGAGAAUUCAUAAAAGAUAUUUCGCAACUUAACGGAUUACACCGGGAACGCGAACAAAGAAUACUAGUCGAAGAUGUCCUUAAAACUCAAAAG